CUAGGGAGUGAAGCGAGAGAUUUUCCAAGGCCACCCAUAAACGUCAACUAGCCUGUAACCCGAUAGGCGUUAUUAUUAGUGGCAAAAAGAUUACUGCAACCUCCCCACACAGAGCUAAAAAACCAGCCAGGAAGCAAGCUAGCUGGAGGCACACGUACGGUUUUUCUUUCCUGCUUCGUAAUCAUAAACAAUUAUAUUCCUCAUUUCCAUUUCAUUUUCCAUCUUCUCCCCCAUUUUGCCGGGGAAACCACUUUCUUUCCCUUUGUUUUCCGCCGGUAUCGUUUUUCCAUGGCUGAAACCGGUGUUGUCCGGUUUCCGGGGAGUUUAGACCCACGAGCGGAAGAGUUCACGCCGAGAAAUCAAACUCUUUACCGGCCGGCUCAACUUUUCUACCCUUGCGCACCCACCGAUGGUGUUCCGCUUCAGCCUUUACCUUUUUGUAAUGCUGCUCCGGUUGGUGUUCCGUAUCCGCCGUUCUGUUCUCCUGCGGCGUAUGUUGGCCCCCUGGCUCCGCCGACCGCGGCGACGACGACGCCGCCGCCUCCGUCAUCUUCCUCCCCCUCGCCCACGCGGUCGCUGCUGCUCAGCUCGGUGCCGGCGGAGGUGGUGAGCGAGUCGAUGAUAAGGAAGGAAUUGGAAGUUUUUGGGGAUGUGAGAGGGGUUCAGAUGGAGAGGGUUCGGGAAGGAAUAGUGACUGUUCAUUUCUACGACCUGAGACAUGCAGAGACGGCGUUAAUGGCGAUUCGGAAGCAGCACAUGCAACAACAAACCAGGCUUCGUAAUUUCUAUUCCUCCAUUUUGAAGUCCGGCAAUUCAGCGUCGGAGCCGGAUUGUUACUCCGUCACCGCCCCACUGCCCCCGCCGGCGCGUGGGCUGGUCGCCGGUCGUGCUGUGUGGGCCCAGUACAUUGUCCCGGCGUACAACGCCGUCCCUCAAGGGCAGAACCAAGGGACCAUCGUGAUUUUCAAUUUGGAUUCGGCGGUGUCCACAGAAACUCUCCGACAAACAUUCGAGGCAUUUGGUCCUGUGAGGGAACUGAGAGAGACGCCAUUGAGAAGAAUCAAAGGUUUGUGGAGUUUUUUUGAUGUGAGAGAUGCGGCCAGGGCGUUGAAGGAGAUGAACGGUAAGCAAAUUAACGGUAUGGCCGUUGUGAUUGAGUUCAGUCGUCCCGGUGGGCAUGGCCGGAGUUCUUCACCCACCCUACAUUCUCCAAAACGCAACGAGCCGUUGAACUUCCAACCUCCUCCUCCUCCUCCUCCGCCGCCGCCGUUCGCCCGUAAAAACGCACGUCGUUUUGCUGCUGUUUCUCCCCCGUCUCCUCCUCCUCGCGCUCAUCUUCCUCAGCCCAAGAACAAGGCCAACGAUACCGCUAAUCUGGGAAGUGUGAACUCGGUUUCUUUUUGA